CUAAUAAUUGAAAGAAAACUGUCACUUUGACAGCGAUGAUAGUGAUUGGGUUUGCUUUGAUGUUGCACGAACUGCGCAAAGUUUUAACCAAAGUAAAGCACGAGCAAGCGCGCAAAAUAUCGCUCAGAUAAUCUGCAACUGUUGGUUGUUUGUAACGUUUCUUGACUACUUUGAUGGUUUCUCGCCACUCAGAUAUAUACUGAAUAUAACCAGUACACGGAAAUCAUAAACUUUGCAUAGCUCUGUUUGGUUUCUUCACUUGCAAGCGUGAAAGGGAAGCGAUGAACGUCAUGUAGGAAACGUCUCUCUGUGUUGCCAUGUCCGCUUUUUAUAAGCCACUUUGGGAUGUUUUUUUUUUUCUUCUUUUUCUUUCAUAAAUUCUCAUAAAUACGGCUAGUUAAUGUUUUGGCGUUUUUGUCAAAAUAUAGUCGCGCAUGUAAAUAUGAAAAUGCAUAAUUUGGCUAAAUAUAUGGAUAUGAAAGAGGUGUAUUUAAUAAAUCAGAAGGCCAGUUGUAUGUGAAACAUUUAAGGGAUAUACUCGUUGAAAUGACGUACUUUGCAGCAAGUUACAACUUAGAUAUGUGUAGCUAAUUUAUGCAUUUUGCUAGAAUAAAUCUGCUAUUUAAAUCAAGCAAUUCUCUUUUCUCCAAUAUUUGCUUAUUUUGAGGAAAAAAGGGCAAGUUGUGUUUAUUAUGUUUUUGUUAGACCAGGUUGUGUUGUUUUUCUUGCGAGAUUUGGCAACACUCGUCUCACUGUAGUUACUGUUAACUGCCGCUAAGCGUACCUCAUUAUGUAAGAAUCAAACAACGUAUUUGAACAUACUUAAAAUGUAUUAAUCACUAGGUAUUUUUAUUUGAACUGUAUGCUUACUUAAUGGAAAGUUCAAAUACUGUAUUAUGGUCGUGCGCAAAGUUGAUAUGCCUUUGGUCACGUAUGUACAAGCUCUUAACCGCCAUGUUGAACUUGAGCUCCGCUGAAUGUUAGUGUCUUUAUCGUGAUAAAGCUUAUCAGUAAGUUCAGGGGAGAUUCUCUGCUUGUCAGUAUGUGAGCUGCUGGGGCACAGGGAGUGGGGGUGUAUCUGCUGCGUGUUGUUGUUUUUCAGUCUCAGCAUGGCUGCCGGUGUGACAGUGUAUCUGCUCCAUUGACCUACUUCUCUCAUUGAGGAUUACACAGCAUAUUACAGCACUGAGAGAACUGGUCAGUUUUAAGAUCGGUUAAUUGUUUUCCUUAUUGGCAUCUUAUUUUAACCUUUACCCAGUGCUGAAUCUCAGCAUGCCAAACAGCGUGAUGGCCAACGGUAAACAGACGUUAAACCUGAAAUGCUGUAUGAAGGAAACAGCGCCUGCUUUGGUGCGAAUGCGUAACAACAAGGGCUCAGUGAAGCUCGGUUGCGUGUGACUUCAGAUUUAUUAACUGUACUAGAGAUUGUAAUAGUGUUUAUAUAUCCUAAUAAUGUUAUAUUCUGGAAUUAGUUAUAUUUAUGCGUUGCCACUGGAAUGUGCAGACUUUUGUAAGAGUUUCAUCACUGAAAUUCACAGAAGGUGCUGAAUGGAAACUAAGUAGAAUCGACAAAAUGAUUGUUAUAUAUUCAGUAUGUUUCUUUUGACUUUAUUCAUGGUCCAGAGGAAGGACACUCUUCUACAUGCAGAGUGCUGUAGCUUAUAAGCCACCAUGGCUUUGAAGACUUAGGCAAUGAGCAGUCUAUAAAUGAAUGCUGAGCAGCUUAAUGCAGUGGCACUUUGACACCUGCCCGUGGAGUUUCCAUUCAUUUAAACCACAACUUAAACCCAGGCGAUGGGAGAAUGUGACCAGCCACUUGAUCUAUGAGGGAUUAAAAUCAACUUUUGCAUGAAAAAAUGAAAGAUUUUCAGGAGUUUCCUCAGAGAAUGGUUUAACAAUUAGUUAAACCAUUGAACCAUAAUUGUUACACACCUAAGGUGUAUUGUUAUGGUGUUUUAGUUAGUACAUCUUAUAUAAAAUCAUAUUUUUCCAUGACUCGUGGCUCAUUAAUAAUAAUAAUAAUGACCAAGCAAUUUACAUAAUCUUAAUGUUUUCAAACAGAUUUGUCUAAAAAUCCUAUUUUGAAUGAGACUUUUAUUGUUUUCUUAUCCCUGCAGGCAUCAAGAUAAUUAAUGCCCAUCAAGAGUUACCUUACACUCCCUAUCAGCUCAUGUUUUUCAACUUGGUGUUGUUACUUAUACCAAAGAAUUACUCAAUCCCUCUGUGCAUAUUUAAAGAGAGUCUUGCGGUGUCAUUUCACAAUCUCAAUUUACUUAGUAUAGGUAGGUCACUUUUAAGUGAUGUGUGGGACAGGAAAAAUCAUUACUGCCGACCACAAAACUGCUUUGAAAUCUCACAUAUGCGUAAGCGGAUGCAAAUGGGAACCUGUUUGCGUGAGAUCAAAGUAAACUUGGCUGGUGGGGACACAGAGCAGGCUCUGAAAUUUGCUCUAAUAUGGACUACGCACACGAAUCUCACAGCUCAAAUCGAAGUAAUCCCAUGCAAGAUUUGUGGGGACAAAUCAUCGGGCAUCCACUAUGGGGUGAUCACUUGUGAAGGCUGCAAGGGCUUCUUUCGCCGAAGUCAGCAAAACAAUGCGAUAUACUCCUGCUCGAGGCAGAGGAACUGUCUUAUUGACCGAACCAAUCGCAACCGCUGCCAGCACUGCCGUCUACAGAAGUGUCUGGCACUGGGCAUGAGCCGCGAUGCGGUGAAGUUUGGCCGCAUGUCAAAAAAGCAGCGCGACAGCCUCUAUGCCGAGGUUCAGAAGCACCAGCAGUCCCAGGAGCGGGCAGGGGGUCUGAGCAAUGGUGUACCCGGUCACAGUGGUGAUGAGGCCGGGGAGAACGGCAGCAGCCAUGGCCGGGCCUACAGCCGGGGCUCUAGCACCACCCUUAGCGAUCUGGAUGACAUAACCACGCUACCAGACGGUCUUCUGUUUGAUCUGCCGCUCACACCAGAGGAAGCUGCCGACUACUGCAGCCUAGAGCUGCUGGGGGGAAGCGGUGGCAGCAGUUCGUCCUCCCAAAGUUCUCCUGAGCCCAACAGACAUGAAUUUAGCGACAUGACGCACAUCAAACACGAGUACCAGACCCUGCAUGAAUCGGGACUCUUCACUCGCUCGUUACUCAACCCAACUGAAGGCUGUUCCUUGAUGGAAAUUGAACGGAUUACGCAGAACGUGGUAAAAUCCCACAUCGAGACAAGUCAGUACAGCUCAGAAGAACUGAAGAGAUUGGCUUGGACCCUCUAUACACCUGAGGAGAUACGUGUCUACCAAAACAAGUCCACAGAGUUGUUGUGGCAGCAGUGUGCUGUGCACAUCACGAACGCCAUCCAGUAUGUGGUAGAGUUUGCCAAGCGUAUCUCUGGAUUCAUGGACUUGUGUCAAAAUGACCAGAUUAUCCUUCUGAAAGCAGGCUGCUUGGACGUGCUAUUGGUCCGAAUGUGUCGGGCCUACAACCCAAUCAACAACACGCUGUUGUUCGACGGAAAGUUCACAAGCCCGCAGCUCUUUAAAGCGCUCGGUUGUGAUGAUCUAGUGAACGCUGUGUUUGAGAUGGCUAAAACCCUGAGCCGGCUACAGCUGUCUGAAGAGGAGAUGGCUCUGUUUACUGCCACUGUGCUUCUGUCUCCAGACCGACCUUGGUUGACAGAUGCUCAGAAGGUAAAGAAACUUCAGGAGAAGGUCUAUGUUGCAUUGCAACACUGUCUUCAUAAAAGUGGUGCCCAUGAGGAGAAACUGGCAAAGAUGGUGUCCAAAUUGCCCAUGAUGAAGUCUAUUAGCAACCUCCAUAUUGAUAAGCUGGAAUUUUUCCGCCUCCUUCACCCAGAAACUGCCUACAACUUCCCUGCUCUCUACAGAGAGGUUUUCUGCAGCGAGAUCAACUUCCCAGACUCCACUGAGGGCUAACAUUCAUUGAAGUGUCAUAAUGGCUCUGAUGAGGGGUAGAGAAAGUUAAAGAAAGACAGGAAAUGGAAAUAGGAGGUAGAUGGAUAUGUGUUUAAAAAAAAAACAGCAACACACUGACAAUCUUGCACGUUACACUUUAGGACUCCAUCUAUAACCUCCCUCCUCAUGGAGUGAUUCACUCCUCUAUUUGAACAGGACCCAGAUUUCUUAUAAGAUGUUAAAUGACAGCAGUCAUUUAAGGUGCUGGUUACUAUUACUCAUGCUACCUACAUAUAGAGACUCAAACAGAGUACAUGAUGUAUAUUUGAUUGAAAAGAGUACUCGAUUAAACCUGGAGCUCAGAUCUCCCUUAAAAAUGAAGAGCUUGAAAAGUGGAUAUUUCCCUGCACCAUUUUCCAAGUACUCUUAGGAAGAGAACUAUGAAUGUAACCCAACUGACGUGUGGCAAAGCCUCAGGAUUAAGACAGAAUGUAUUAUGUAUUCCUGCCCCAUAUGUAAAACAAGCUCUUGAGACUUGGUUUCUGUAAAGGAACAGUUUUGAAUCCAUGAGAAACUGUUUAAUGGGACCAAUGCAUACACGCCUGAGGUCGUAAACGCCACAUGAGCACCUUCACGUUCACAGACUCAACACUAAUGUACAGUGCACUGCACAGUGGUGUGUUGUCUUUUGAGCUCUUUAUUUUUGCAUAUAAAUUUAAAAGAUGCAACUAAACUAACAAAAACCUCAUCCUUAUUACCCUUUCCCUCUCAAAUGCCACUUGGAUAAAGAUAAUAUUUUGAUAUCCUCAUUUGAUCAGAAACCACGUGUAUGUAGAACGAUAGAUGUAUUUGAGAAUAUAUUUAUAAACAGAGCCUGUAGAUAGCGUAUGUAGGCAGAGGACUAACUAAAUUGAAAGUUGCACCUUAGAGUGAAUGUUCUCGAGCCCCUUCAAAGACUUUCCAACCAUAGCUGUGGAAUUCUGGACUGACAUGGGGCUGGAGUUGGAAUUGGAAAGACAUGCUGAUACAGGCGGACAGCACUUAAAUACUCCACACAGAAAAAGGACUUUGCAGGAGCAGGACUUUGCUGUCGCCCCACAUUAGAAGGCGGAAAGACAAUGGCACUAUGAGAGAGACUUUCUGAAGUCAGAUCCUCCUUGUGAGCGUGUAGCAAAGCACUCAAACGGGGAACGCAAAGAAGACUGAAGUAAGCGGCUGGAAGGAACCAUAUAUUCUUAGAGACAACGGACAACCUGAGCUCGCCGUCAAUCGCGAGGAUACCAUAGAAAUGUUGUAAUUUGGACUCUUUCUGUUUCAGCUGUGAGGAUAAAUGGAUUCACAGGCCAUACCUCAUGCUUUGCAUUCUAUCUGAUGUGGGGAUCAGUGUUGUGUUGUUGUGUGAUUAUUUUUUUCUCUUGUCAUCCCUUUAUCCUUUGUGUUCACAUAUAGCACAACUAUUGGUUGACAGAGCCAUCAGCUACCCCCCUGAGUUAGGGAAUACUAUGGUUAGUUUGUGUUCCAAAACUUUGCAGUUCAAUACGAAGGACAAAAAAGUAUCUGCUAUCUGUCUGCAGUGUAAUAGCAGCCUCCAUUCUUCUGAGUCAGAAAGUCAAGAUUGGUCUCAGGGGAGAUUUAGAAUACUGACUGAAGCUCCAAGGAGGUCUUUUCAAAAACCCUUUUGUGCCCAUUUUCUAGCUUUGUGAGAUGGCAGGGUAUAAAAGAAGUUUUGAAUGUUUGAUAAGUAUCAACCUCUAGUUUCCUGACAGUAACAAGCUCGCCUGAUGUUUCAUUUUUGCACUGCUGGAACAGUGCCUAGCUGUAUAUUUUCUUGUAAGAUUUUAUAUAGUUGGUAUAAUACACAUAUUCUGGGUGCUUCAUACAGUAUCAUAAUGUCUGCUCGUGCAAUAAUCAGUCUUUCCAUUUUUAGUAUUUACGGCCCUCACAAGCCAAGGAUCUCCUUGGAUUUCAUAAGCACUCCAGCUCAGAUCAUUUAACACCUCCUCGCUAAGCUCUACGCUCAAAGUUUUUUUUUAUUAUUAUUAUUAUUUUUUUUACGCUUUUCUAGUAGGCCUAUUAACCGACUUCAGUUGACGUGUGAAGGCGGAGAAAGAUUGUAACAAAGUGCAAAUACUUGGUAUAAACCAUUUAGAUUUUUGUGGAGUGUAAUUCGCAGCCCUACAAACUGCCACAAGCGUUCGCCCCGUCUUUGAGGGUAGUUCUGGAAGUGUGCGUUUACAUCUACACUCAGUCACUCAGGGAGAUAGCUGGGUUCUCUGUCCUAAAAUGUCUUCAGUUAGCCUAGCAAGACACCUUGCACCAAAUAGAAGACCUUAAACCUUGAUCACUGUGUACGGUAACUUUUCUUGUGAAUGUUAAUUGCAGAAGUAUCAAAGACUUUUACCCCUGUCUUAUAUCAGUGCUAUUGGAGAACUUUUUCAGUUUGACUUGCUUAAAAAAAAAAAGAAUAGGAUCAAAACUAUUUGAAUCUAGUGUUGUUGUGUUUUUUAUUUGUUUAUUUUUGUGAUUUUUUUUUUUUUUUCUUCUUCAUUUUGGUCAUUUUCUGUAACUGCUAUUUUCUCACCCUUCUAGUGUCAUCCUUUGUCUUGAAGAAUUAAAAUCCUAUUUUUUUAAAGAGCAUUUUUAAACAGAAAUUCCCCUAAAAGAGUCCUCAUUCUUUGCCAUGAUCCUUCUGUGGUUUCUGUUUUAACUUUAUUUUUAAGUAAAUAAAUCAUAUUAUAGAUUUUAAGGAAUAUAAUUUGAUGGUAUAUUAUGGAUACAGAGAAUAAAACAAACACAUUAAAGAGGUAUUAUUGUACAAUGAGGAUAAAACACAUGGAUUACAGAAUGUAAUAAAAGUCUUUUUACUUUA